AUGUCCUAUGUAGAUUUUGUUACCCCAGCUAUUGAACAUGCUAGACAAGCAGCUGAGAAGGAUGAAGCUAAAAGUUAUGAUGAAGCACAACGUCUUUAUUUAAAAUCGAUAGACUUUUUCAUGACUGCUAUUAAACAUGAGACUAAAAAUCCAAAAAAGAAGGACAUGUUGAAACAAAAAGUUGAGGAAUUGAUGGGUAGAGCUGAACAAAUUAAAACAUUCUUGAAAGAAAAAUCAGAAAUAGAGAAGGGUGACGCUGAUACUUCGAAUGGUGGAUCACCUGCUGGUGGAUCAGUAUCUAAAGCAAAAUCAAAGAAGGAAAAAAAAGAAGAGGAUGAAAAACAACAAUUGAUGGGACAAUUGGAAGGAGCUAUUGUAAAAGAAAAACCAAAUGUAAAAUGGGAAGAUGUUGCAGGUCUUGAAGGAGCUAAAGAAGCUCUCAAGGAAGCAGUUAUUUUACCACUUAAAUUCCCACAACUUUUUACAGGAAAGAGAACUCCAUGGAAAGGUAUUUUACUUUAUGGACCACCUGGUACUGGUAAAAGUUAUUUAGCUAAAGCAGUUGCAACAGAAGCUAAUUCAACAUUCUUUUCUGUUUCAGCUUCUGAUCUUGUCAGUAAAUGGCAAGGUGAAUCAGAAAAAUUAGUUCGUUCAUUAUUUGACAUGGCCAGACAAAACAAACCAAGUAUAAUUUUCGUUGAUGAAAUUGAUAGUAUGUGUAGUUCUAGAGGAGAAGGAGAUAAUGAUAGUACUCGUAGAAUUAAAACUGAAUUCCUUGUUCAAAUGCAAGGUGUGGGUAAGGAUGACAGUGGAGUUUUGGUUUUGGCAGCUACAAAUAUUCCAUGGGGACUUGAUCCUGCCAUUAGAAGAAGAUUUGAAAGACGUAUUUAUAUUCCAUUGCCAGAUCUUCCAGCUAGAGUUGCAAUGCUCAAGAUUCACAUUGGCAAAACACCAAAUACUCUGAAAAAAGAAGAUUUUGAUGAAUUAGCCAAUUUAACUGACGGAUAUUCUGGUUCAGAUAUUUCUGUACUUGUAAGAAAUGCACUUAUGGAACCUGUUCGUACUUGUCAAAUUGCAACACAUUUCAAAGUUGUGUCUGGAACAUGCCAUUUAACAGGUCAAACUUGUGAUGACAUGUUGACACCAUGUUCUCCUGGUGAUUCAUCUGCUAUUGAAAUGAGUUUAAUUGAUGUUCCUUCAGACAAAUUAUUACCUCCAGAUGUAUCAAAGAGAGAUUUUAUUAAGGCCCUUCGUACAGCAAGACCAUCUGUUUCUAAGGAUGACUUGCAUGCUUACGACAAAUUCACCAACGAUUUUGGUCAAGAAUGUUAAUUCUCGUUGGUUAGAUUGUACAAUUAUUUUGUAAAAUUAAAAUAUAAUUAUAUUAUU